AUGAGCAGUGGCCAGCUCAUUCCCCUAGUGGUUUCGGGACCUUGGACCAAAAAAAGACACACCAAUGAACCAUACAUUGUUUGUGAAACCCGAAGUAUUCUGUCUUCAAGAAGUUUCCAUGGUCAACACACGUCCAAGCUUUGCUCAAGUCUUCGUGUUUUUUUUAGCCAUGAGACCAUUCCGCUGCUCAAAGUUGUUUGGGUAAAGCAUUCCUCCAAUCAUUUUGAACUGACCAGAACAUGUGAAUCACACACUGUCAUGAUAAGGCACGGUCAGCUUCAGAUCAGCUUCAAAGAGUAUUGA